CUUCCGGUCCCGCUCUUGCAACACCUACCCCCGCCACUCUCCCUUCCCCUCCUACCUCCUCUCUCCGCUCAGCUUAAGUUUUCUCCGAGUUUUCCGAACUCUGGCUCAUGAUCGGGCCUACCGGCUACGAGGUCCUGGAGGACCGGACCCUGAUCUCUAUCUACCUCUGACUUCCAGCUUCUCCGACCCGAGGCGGAGGCUGCCACCGCCCGGGCCACCUGCUCUGAUCGCCUUACUUCGUUCACCAACGUCGCCAGUUGCUGCCCUGUCCCCAGCCUCAAUGGGGGAGUGAGAGGCCAUUGCCGGCCGGACAUGGGUCUCCCCACCGUGCCUGGCCUGCUGCUGUCACUGGUGCUCCUGGCUCUGCUGGUGGAGAUACACCCAUCAGGGGUCACUGGACUGGUCCCUUCUCUUGGUGACCGGGAGAAGAGGGAUAGUUUGUGUCCCCAGGGAAAGUAUGCCCAUCCUAAGAAUAAUUCCAUCUGUUGCACCAAGUGCCACAAAGGAACCUACUUGGUGAGUGACUGUCCAAGCUCAGGGCAGGAAACAGUCUGCAGAGAGUGUGAUGAAGGCACCUACACGGCCUCCCAGAACCACGUCCCACAGUGCUUCAGUUGCAAGAUAUGUCGGAAAGAAAUGUUCCAGGUGGAGCUUUCUCCUUGCAGAGCUGACCAGGACACCGUGUGUGGCUGUAAGGAGAACCAGUUCCAACACUACCUGAGUGAGACGCAUUUCCAGUGUGUGGACUGCAGUCCCUGCUUCAAUGGCACCGUGACAAUCCCCUGUAAGAAGACUCAGAACACCGUGUGUAUCUGCCACGCAGGAUUUUUUCUAAGAAGAAAUGAGUGCGUCUCUUGUAGCCACUGCAAGAACACUCAGGAAUGUGUGAAGCAGUGCCUGCUACCUCCAGUUGCAAAUGUCACAAAUCCCCAGGACCCAGGUACUGCGGUGCUGUUACCCCUGGUCAUCUUCCUGGGUCUUUGCCUUUUAUCCUCCAUCUUCAUCAGUUUAAUGUGCCGAUAUCCCCGGUGGAGGCCCGAGGUCUACUCCAUCAUUUGUAGGGAUUCAGCGCAGGCCAAAGAGGUGAGAAGAAACGACUCCAACUUGCCUGAUUACUCCUUCCAACGCCUGAUAUUCAAAUUACUUGGAAUGAGGGCGGAGGUUGAAGGAACUAAGCCCCUAACUCCAGCCCCUCCCCCAGCCUUCAGCCCCAUCCCCGGCUUCAACCCGACUCUGGUCUUCAACCCCAUCCCAGGCUUUAGUCCUCCUGUCUCCAGUACCCCCAUCAGCCCCGUCUUCGGUCCUCCUAGCAACUGGCACAACUUCAUGCCACCUGUAAAAGAGGUAGUGCCAACCCAGGGUGCUGACCCUCUGCUGUACGGAUCAGUCAACUCCGUGCCAGGCUCCACCCCUGUUCAGAAACAGGAAGACUCCGCCCACCCACAAGGUCCUGAGGACCUUACGAUGCUGUAUGCUGUGGUGGAUGGCGUGCCUCCGACGCGCUGGAAGGAGUUCAUGCGGCUCAUGGGGCUGAACAAUCACGAGAUCGAGCGGCUGGAGCUGCAGAACGGGCGCUGCCUGCGCGAGGCUCAGUACAGCAUGAUGGAAGCCUGGCGGCGCUGUACGCCGCGACGCCUGGCCACGCUGGACGUAGUGAGCUCCGUGCUUUCCGAAAUGAAUCUGCUAGGGUGCCUGGAGAACAUCCAGGAGGUUCUGAGAAGCUCCGCCUCCUCGUCCACGACCCGCCUCCCGCGAUAAGGCCACACCCCCACCUCUGGAGAGGGACUGGAAGGACCAUCCUGCUAGACGCCCUGCUUCCCUGUGGACCUCUUUGAGUGAAAAGAAGCAAGGGUCUCUAAGGGGGCAGGCUCGGGCUGCCAGCCACUUCCUUGGUGCUACUGACUUGGUGAUCAUAGCUUUUCUCAGCCGCCGAGGAUUGCCUGAGCUAGCCCACUUGUGCCUGGCAGGAAGAUGCGCCAUCUGCUGAGGGUGCCAAAACCCAAAACAGGUAGAGGAAAUGUAGAGGAAAGGCACAAUAUAUCCGAUGCCCACUUGGGAUGCACAGCGCCCAAGCAAAGCUUCUCAGGGCGUCCUCAGCUGAUUUCUGAUCCUUUUUCACAGUAGAUAAGCAAUCUUUUGUAUCAAUUAUGUCACACUAACGGAAGAACUGUCUAAGGGAGGGGCAAGCACGGAACAAUGGGGUCCCACCUGGAGCCCUCUACUCUUGUAAAUACACUAAAAAUGACCUCUAA